AUGGAGUGGAGAAGCUCCACGAUCUUCAGGGACUCGGAGACAGAAUGCCCCUUCUCCUCCUCAUCACGCAGGAGCUCUUCCAACUGGGAAACGUACACCUUGUUCCGCAAGUACGAGGAGGAGAUGAUCUUCUUCGAUAGAAUCAGCGCACAAAAGCUGACGGAAACAGAAUUGGUUAGAUCGAUGAAGUUCCAACCAAGAUCAACCUCGCAAAGGAUAGCUCACAUAUUUACAACACACAAGAACAGGGGAAGCAGGGAUCCGUAUCAAGAACUGGAGGGUGCUUAUGUGUCUCAGAUUUGCCUCGCAUGGGAAGUUCUUAACUGGAAUUACACCAACUUUUGGCAAAAGAUUGCCAAGGGAUCAGACAGCGAAAGCUCUUCUUGCACCGCAUGGAUAGCUCAGCAAUUCCAACAGUUCCAGGUCCUCUUGCAGCGAUUCAUAGAAAAUGAGCCUUAUGAGCGUGGUCGGAGGCCCCAAGUCUUCGCGUGGAAGCGGAUUUCUUCUCCAAAGUUGCUCCUAGUUCCUGAGUUCCGAGUGCUUACCUCUCUCUCUGCAUCACUGACCUCAAAGGAUACAGAAGAAGAUGAAGGUAAAGAAGAAAUGAUCUCAUCCACCGAGUUCUUGGCGAUUCUCGAAGAUGCGAUUCGAACCUUCAUGAACUUCCUCAAGGCAGACACGGCGAAUCCUUGCCAAACGCUCAAAGCUUUCUUCAAGACAAAGCCCAGUUCGGUGGAUCCAAAUCUUCUUCGUCUUCUCAAAAGAACUAAUAAGAAAAACAAGACGAGGCUUAAGGAUCUCUCGAAGCGAAGAAGGUGUCUGACGAAGAAGAAGCGAAAAGGAGAAGAGGAUAUGGAGAUAUUGAUGGGUCUAAUAGACAUGAAGAUCGUGUCCAGAGUCCUAAGGAUGCCUGAGAUCAGCCAAGAGCAGCUGCGGUGGUGCGAGGAGAAGAUGAGCAAAGUGAAAGUAUGGGACGGCAAAAUCCAAAGAGAUUCGUCCCCACUUUUCUUCUUCCCUGUUCGCUGA